UUCUCUACUCCUCCACUCUAUUUUUCGUUCGCAAGACUAUAACUCCUUUUCUCUUUCAAUCCAACCAACCAUGUCUGCCGAAUCAGCCAGCGCAAUUCAGAGUAGCCAAGUUGAUCUGUUGGACUUCAUAAAUUGGUCUGGGGUUGAGUGCCUCAAUCAAAGCACCAGUCACUCUGUUGCUAACGCUCUCAAGCAGGGAUACAGAGAUGAUGAUGGUUUGAAUUUAGAGAGUGAUGCGGAUGAGCAGCUUCUGAUCUACAUACCUUUUCUUCAAGUCAUUAAGCUGCACUCAAUUGUCAUCAAAGGACAUGAAGAGGAUGGUCCCAAGACAGUGAAGCUUUUUUCGAACAAGGAGCACAUGGGUUUCAGCAAUGUCAAUGACUACCCUGCAAGUGACACUGUUGUUUUAACCCCUGAUCAUCUAAAGGGAAAGCCAGUUGUUUUGAAGUAUGUCAAAUUUCAAAAUGUUCGCAGCUUGACAAUUUUUAUCGAGGAUAAUCAAUCUGAUUCAGAAGUCACAAAAGUUCAAAAGAUUGGCCUGGUUGGAACAACGGUGGAAACAACUGACAUGAAGGGUUUGAAGAAGAUUGAAGAUGGACACUGAAGAGACAGAAAUGGAUGGAUGGCCAAUGGUGGAUCAUCUAAAAUCGUUGUGAUUGUCUAGAAAACCCAUUUGUGCGCCUGGGUUUUGUGGCAUAUUGUACUCGAUAUUAUAAUCAAGUUCCUUUGAGAUUAUUCACCCUUCGUGGGAUGCUAGGAUGAUAGGAACCUAAUAUUGACCAAAGAUUUGAAGUUAUUGCCCUUCCUGAGAA